AUGGCUCGUGCUAGCACUUUUUUCAUCUUGCUGGUGGUGGCGGUCUUGGUCGCGACCGUCGCCGCUAAAAUCAACUACCGACGUUUUGCCACACAUCCCGUAGCUGAUGGGGCGGAUUACCCCAUCGACCGAGAGGGCACCGUGUUUUGGGGCGUCGGCGGCACCAAUAUCUAUUUUGCUGGAGGCGUGAACACGCUCUACCCCACCGCCACUGACUUCACAGCAUUUACCGACAUUUACACCUACGAUACCGCCAACAACAAGUUCAUCAAGGCGCAGGUCCCUCUUCCCGGUCCGUCCUACUUUGGUGCGGGAGGGCACGUGCAAGGCUGCCUGGUCAUCUUCUCCGGCCGGACCAACACCCAGCCCACGCCGUGGACGUACUUCUCGGACCUCUACGUGGUCAACUUCACCAAUUCCAUCACGUCGCCCACCGUGAAGCUGGUCACCUUGAAGACGCCGGUGACGCCGCGGGCGUUCCACUCGGCCGCGGUGUUCCGCAACCAGCUCUACGUCUUCGGUGGCGUCACGGGUCCCGAUGGCUCCACCUCGAUUGAGCGCAACGAGCUCUUCCUGGCCAUCGACAUCCGAAACGGCUCGGUGACGAAGCUGCCCUGCGACGAUAGCGACUGUCCGGCUUCGGCGCCCGUGAGCCCGGCCAUGUACCUGGACGCCUCCGAGGAGCUCAUCUACGUCUACUCCGGCAUGGAAACCGAUUUCCAGACCUGGGGCGACAACAGUCACAUCCACAUCUACGACAUGAUCGACAAGGAAUGGAAGGACCCCGUGACGGUGCAGUACCGCAACAACUUUGUGUUCAACGGUCUGUCCAACACCCUCCAGGCCGACAACGAGCUCCUCAUCAUCGGCGGUGACCACGGUGCGACGGGCUCGCACGCCGAGUCCCACAUGCUCGACCUCAUGCAAAACCCGCCCCUGGUGGUGGCCAUCGAGCACGGUAGCCUGCCCCAAAAGUGCGAGAGCCAAACGUUCGUGGGCGUCGACGCCAAGGGCAACAUCUGGGCCUACGGAGGCGCCACCUACGCCAACAGCUCGGCCCCCACCGCCAUCAGCUACUGCCACGGCGUCGUCACCAUGCAGUUCUACCAGGACCCCAACAAGGUCGGAGCGGGCACCAAGUGGUUCGUGGGCAUCGCGAUGCUCCUCGUCACGGCGGCUAUUGCGGGCGUGACGGUGUACCUCUACAAGAAGAGCAGCGCUCGGCGCGACUACGUCGAGAUCCCCUAA